GACGGAUCAUCCCAGCAGUUCUAGGGGAGCUAGUGGAAGUGCUGACGCAUCCAAAGGACGAAGUACACGACUUGAGUCCACUUCCCAGACUCAGGGUUCAUCUCACUUAGCGGUGCGGAAAGGUUCGAAGAUUGAUGUACGUGCUUCAAAGAGGAAAAAUUUUGCUUCUCGUCUGACGGUGGUGACAGAGCAAUCGCCACGUCACGAAACUUCGAGUGGUCGUGAAGAAGCUUCCUCCUCUGCUCAGAAGAGCAGCAGUGCAAACCUCAAAGGCGGAAAGACUUCAGAGAAUACUAGAGAAACCACUAGAGGAGGAAGCAAGUCGUCCAACUCUAAUAAUACAGUUGUUGUACUAGGGCAAAAGAACAUAGAGAAGCAGAUGAACAUAGUAGACUCAGAAGUUUCAGAAGACCAACAAGAUCUUCUAGUUUCGCAGGAAGUUCCGGGACGAUUCAAGGACCUGAAAUAUGAUUUUGCGCCUUCGGACAUCUUGUAUCCUGGAUAUUGGAACUCCUAUGCCUUUCUUCCGGAGAGAAUGGCCAAAUUCUCUCAUCCAAGUCUCAACUACGACGACAAGGAACUUGGCACGAUGGGCAGGGACGAUAAGAAACAAGAGGGAACAAAAAUUAAGACCAGUCAGAAAGAUUUUGUUCGUUUGAGAAGAUAUUACGUCCUUUGGCCUUCCACGGUACACCUCGUUACUAGAUAAGUACUUUCCGUAGGUUACUUUUCCUUCUCCAGAUUUUUCAUGUAUCUACUGAAUUCUUAAAGCAGCAUGACCUUGAUUGUUCUGACUAGAAGAUGAAUCUAUUAUCGCUGUACUCAUUCUGUUCAUUUAUCUCACUUUUAUCGCUCCAAAUCCAGCGUUAUGAUCUUUAUCGUGAGCUGCUCUAAGAAACGGAGAAAAAGCACACGGACGGUUAUAAGAGUCUCCUCAUCUUCUUCAGCGCGUGUCUCCACUACGUCACCUGGAUCAUCCUCGCUGAGUCCAGAUCACGCACAGCAUAAGGCUAGAAUUCCUUUCACAGGAGCAGCAGCUUCCAACAGUAGCGCCAAUACCUCUGUUAGCUGCUGCUCUACACUCACUCAGUCAAUAGUAGAGUCUAUACCCUACCUGUAGCAUGAUUACUAGAGUUGUACAUGAUUGCUAGAUUGCAAUGCAGCUACCUACUAUUGUCUAUAGUGCAAUAUGCUGUAGUAGAGGCCACUAACACUGUACUAGAGUGCAAUACUACAUGGACUCUACUACAGCAAUACCUGUAGAGUUGUACUACUAUUGCUAUGCGACUCUACUAUUGAACAAUACUGUAGGAAAGGUAGAGUCAAUACUUCCAGCAGUAGAAUCAAUACUUCCUGUGGUAGAGUCAAUAGUAGAGUCAAUACUUCCAGCAGUAGAGUCACUUCUUCUUCUAGUUCUAAUAGUAAAGUGGCCAACACUUCUGCGAGGACAUCGAUUUACUCGAAGAGCGUGGAUAGAGUGGACAUGGAACAAGAGCAAACAACUGGGACAACUUCAAUUAAGGCAACCGCAGUCUAUAUCCUCGAAAGCGUCAGCCUUCGUUUCAAAUCUUUUUCAUCUAGAUGAUAAAGAUGCGAAGGAUGCUACUGCUACCGAGGAUCUUCAUGCAAAGACGGCGGUAGCUCUAAAACGUCUAGUGGUACUUCUAGAAGAGUGCCAGCACUUAGGAGUGGUCAUCAAGGGGAUCUAGAAAAAUGCAGUCCUAUUUGCACAUCCUCGAAACGGACGACUUCCACUACAUCGGAUAGAGCAAAGAAGCAGGCCUCUUCCGUCUCCACGGCAUCGACCUCAGCGACGCAACAUUGUGACUCAAGUUCAGUGUCCACAUGCAGGACGACGCAUAGUCGAAGCACCUCAACAUUCUUCCGCACUAGCACAAUCUUCUCGGAAGCUACCAAUUUUAAGGCACCCCAUGGCAGUGUUAGCAGCUACGCUGCUGGCGACAUCGCUAGCAACGUCGCUGUCCCUUUCGCUACCAGUUUUUCACUAUCCCAUGUGGAGUAGUACGCUGAUUGCAGUCAGCCUGGGUAAGUAAGGGGGGACUAACUACUUACUCACUAAAAGUAUCUAUAGGGUAUGGGUAAGAAUCAGAGAGGGGAAGAAGAACUCACUCAACCGGGAUGGUGAAAAACUAGCGUUAAGAAUUCGUCCGUGCUGGGAGAACAGCAACAGCAGCAUAGCCUACUGAAAUCGUCAUUGGGAAUUGCAGACCAUCUUCGGGAUAACGAAAAAUCUUCAUCCUCCUUAAAUAGUAGGGGCCGGUCUGACCUCCAGGGGAAGACAGGGACAGGGUCAUUGGCGUUGCGUCGAAGCACGACAGGUAAAAAUAUGGUGGAGCAGCGUGGCCGUGGCUGUGAAGCAGAGACUGCGUUACGUGCUGCUCCAUAUAGGGAACGGGUACUCAACAAGAGCUCGCAAGAAGUUCUACCUCAACAGCCUUAUUGUUCCCCUCUCGACGAUCUGAAGCAGGUUCCCGCUAGAAAGGUGCUAAACUGGCGACCGAACGCUUGUCAUUGGACAUUUUCCAACUUGGAGCGUUGUCUCCAUGGCUGGCGCCGUCCUAUCUUCGAGCAAGAUUUGGGUUUAUUGUCCUCCAUAAAGCUGAAUCCUUCUGUGCUCUCCGCCAUUCCGAAAACGGGAGGACUUAGCCAUCAAUCAAGUAACUUGGCCAACAACUUAGUUAUGCUUAUAAACAUUAUGGUUAUAAACAACUUAGUUAUGGUUCUAGUUAGGUCGGCUCCACCACAGUUAUAAACAUAUAUCCAUCUUCUUUCUCAACGGCGUCGAUUAUUAUCAUGGUCAAGUGUCGUAGCCAGCAACUUUUAUCCAUGUCCUCUCUCCUCAGCAUCUUUUUAGUGGUAUCUUUUUGUAGUUCCCAUGUGGAAGGAGGAUAAUUACACGGGAAAAGGUACAGGCACUACUAGUAUCGAGGAGAUGGGUUUGGGGACCAAGAUAGAUGAAUAGAAGCUAAAGCUCGUUUCCGCUAACUUAGACUUCGGCUUGGCGGAAAGAGAAGAGGAGAGUGCGCGACGCAGGACCAAGUAUAAUUAUGACUUGAAAUAGGUGAAGGCUAUCUGUUGUACAAGUACAAUUAUUUAAGAGUUAAAAUAGAUAGAGUCUGUCAAUCUGAAUCUGAUGUAUCGGUCUUGAAGAUGAAAUAAUAUGAAAUCAGAUUUCAUCUUAGCGAGCACUUGAAGAUCGCCUCCGCCUGGUGUUUCCGAAAGGAACGAAACGGACACAAAGUUGAUGCUAAUAUAGAUGAUCGAUAAUUUCUUCCAGUUCUAAUACAAUCCAGCAGACUUGCCAAUCCAAGAUUCUAUUAUCAAAACAGGAGAAGCUGCGGAGGAGGAGGAGAGUUCGUCAGAUGACGAGGAUACUAGUCUUAAGAUUAGUCUUGUUAAGGAAAAUUGAGUACAUCUCUCGAGGACUCCUACCAUCACCUUGGCUCUCUUUCUAUUGCAGAAAAGGAUUCUUGCGAAGUCCUUGGCUCUAUUUCUAGUAGAAAAGCAAAACUCGUCAAUCUAGGGGAGAAAAAAUUUCUCUAGUGGAAAAGAAGCCAGGGUGGAUGGAUUAUGUAAUGAGGAAUGUAAAGAUUUUGGAGCUGCUUGCUCUAAUACUCAAACUCAAACUCUUCAGCAUGCUUCGACGUCUACUACAGAUCAUGGCCCCUCCAGAAGAAGUAGAGCAGCAUCCUCCUGUCACUUGAUGGAUGUCGGGAACGAACCACCGUGGGUUCCGUCUUCGGGUGUCUUUCUUCCUGCUUUCGCUCCUCCAGGAAGCGAAGCGAGGUUCUCUGUAUGUGCAUCAAAUAAGGGCUGUUGUACUUCUGCAACUUCUGGAGGUGCCGGAUUGUUCUUGGAGUCGCAACCGAGUCCUAGUGGUGCAUCUAGCGCGAGUUCUAGGGGUAAUUCAUCUCUACUACUAAAUAAGAGUCGUACAACAACUACUUUCAGAGAUGAUGGCGGGGUGGAAAGGGAUGGAGGGGAUACAAGAAGAACUACAACUCAACAGCAGCGCAAUCAUAUGCAGCAGAUGUCUACAUCUACUUCGUCAUCUAGCUCAUCUUGUUCGCCAACGUUUAGUCGAGGAGGUGCAGAGGGAGGCCAGCACCAGCACAGUAGUUCUACUUUGCUGCAGCUGAUGUCUAUUAUUAAGGCUCUCGAUCAUGUUGCUUGUUCAUCUUUCGGGUCAUCCCUUUUGAAGCCUGACUUAAGAGUGUCAAGGGUGGUACUCGAGUGUCUCUUGUUCACCGUCAAGAAGUAAGUACCACUUGACUUUACAGUACCACUCGUUCAAAUUUCGGGAAGCAUCCCUUUCUUCAAGAGUGUCUUCCCUUACGGUAUUUUCGGACUGAUAUUUAUCUUCAAGGAUCAUGAAGAAGCUGAAGAGAGAUGAACCAUGAUUGGCUUGUCUAAGUCUAGCUCUUCCAGCCCUGGUAGAGGCGCGCAUCAACGUCAAGGAACGCCUGCGCGCAGUUGUGGACAACUUCUGGCAGGUCUAGACUUAAGGCUUGAAGAUACAACAACUCAUUAUAAAAAUACCAACUGUAAAAAUUGUUUAAGUGGUUUGUUAAGAAGAUCCCUAAUGGCUUUGAAGAGUUCUAAUAGACAUUGGAGAAGCUUCCAGUCCUAGUUCGUUUCGAGGGAGUCCAGAUCGUGCUAGUGAAGUGACCGAGUUCAUCGAUACGCCUCCGACACUCUUAGGGAGUCGAGUGAGCAGCACAUCUAACAACCUCCAGAACAAUAUUAAUGUUCUUAAUACCUCUAGUAGUAGUACUACUUUUGGUCGAGGUUCACCAUCAUUCAUUCAGGGUGCUUCAAUUAAGGCUUUUUUUUGUUAUCUGGGUCUACACUUUCACGCUAUAGUAUACCUAUAGUUCCAUUGAAUUACCCCAUUGGGCGGGGGCAGCAUCGUUGAAACGUAUGGGGGAGCAUCACAAGGGAACGCUCCCCCAUGCUUUUCAAGGAUGCAGCAUUUGAAAGAUGAAGCGUUGACAGUUCUAAUCCAGGACCGCUGUUUCUCUCCACGACGCCAGGAAGUGCAACCUCUCCGCUUGAGCAGCACAGUAGUGCAGCUUUUAAGACUUCUCCUAAUCUAUCUCCGGAAGCAUCUCGUCAAAUUUGAUCCUUUUCCUUCCUCGGAAGAAAUAUCGGAUAGAAACUGUUGUCCCGUAAGGGAAAACAGCUGUAAGGAAGCUGUAAGCUCCUCAACAGCUGUAAGGAAAAACAGAUCCGAGAUGACUUUCAAAAUGGAAGAUUGGGGUGAGCUCUAAAGCUUUGAUGUCAGGUAAUAUUGGCGGAAGGCGGAAAGAGCAGAGUAGACUCUUCCCAGCUUAUAAUAACUUUGUGGACAAUUCCCCCGGUUGUACAACAUCGGACCACCACGCGGCGAGAGGUAGUGAGUAUGUACAACAUCAACAUCUACAUAAUGUGGACCCGAUUUAUGGAGGUUCACAGCAGUCGAUGUCGCUUGGACAACACCUUGCAGGAACCCUAAACCUUAGUUGUGCAGCCACAACCAGUGACAUUCAGGAGACCGGGCGUGCCUCACAUUAAGGGUCAAUUUACACUUCAUUUCUACAUCAAGGGAGGUCAAAUUUUCGUCGGUUUCCUUCUUAGGAUUCUGAAAUAAUGAAGGAAAGAAAUUGAAAUUGAUUGUUCUGCGCUCUAAGGAUAGCAAAGCGAGGACCUGUUUCCUACGAACGGGUUACAGCAUGAGACAGGGUUAAUGCUUUCGCGCUUCUUACAGGCUUGCCAAGGCAACAACACAGCGAUUCCGCGCUUUUCUACUGAUUAAGGCUACAACGGUGGUCAAGAACCCAUGAACUUGUUUUAAACCACCUUUGAAUUAGAUGCAGUUCUUCAAAUCUAAAAGAGGCUCCAAAAGAUGCUCCAAAAGAUUAAGAUGCUCCAAAAGAUGGGUUCAUCUCGGUACUACUUACUUCUAAACUGACAGUUCGGGGCAUGUGAACGGUCGAAAAGCAGGUGCGAGAGAGGAUUUUUCUGCCCUGGCUGCGUUUAGAGCAAGAAUGAUCGCAGCUCCGAGUAGUACUUACAGUUAAGGCUACCGCUGAAGCAUGUCCUCUCCUUAGUAUCACCUACCAUGAUCCUUGGGCUUGGACGUUCUUCUUUUUCAAGGGGAAAAAGAAGUAUCCUCCAAGGAAAUUGUGGCACUCAACAAGGAAGACGCGGGGGUAGCUCUAAUACAGCACUGAUGACGCUGCUAGUGUCGCGAGUGGAGGUAGCUACCAACAAGAGCCGGAUUCACAGCCGCCUCAGAGGAGGAAUAUUAAGGCAGGCUUAUUCCCUAAAUAAUCCAUCCCCAUCAGUACCAGAGACAUUCAUCUGGAUGCUAGUACUGUGGUGAAGUCGAGAGUGCCGCUAAGCUAAAAAGCUAAAUAAUCCAUCCCCACCAGUACCAGAGAGAUUUUCAUGAAGGAUGUCGUUCUAAGAAAAGCACGAGGACUGGCAGACAGAGCCGUGUUAGUAUAGCCAACAGCAGGACGAGUGGGAGUGCAAACGGGGUAAACAUCAAGAGGACCUCCUCCUCCGCUGCAGCUGCAUCAGGAAGAGCCGCUAGCUGUGAUGUUUCUGCUCCUCGUAGUACUUCUCAAGGACCGGCGUCGAAGGAAAAUAGGAAUCUACUUCAAGAGAAGAAUUAUACUAGGACUGAGGAGAACUAUAGGACUCAGUCCUUAGAGCGCGGAGCAAGUGGCUCUCGGCGUCUUAUUUCAUCGACGUCCUCUGGUGGAAUGAGAGGUCCACCUGGUCCUUUGUUAGGUGUAUCUUCGGCAGGAGGUAUGCCAGGUGGAGCAGUUGUAGGAGCAGUUAUAAACUCGUCGACUGCGAAUACUACAGCGACCACAACUACAACAUACACAGUUAAGGGAGACGAAGAUGGUAGAAGUAGAAGAUAUUAGACAUGUAGUUGAUAUGGUCUGCUCAUUACAGAAGAAGAACAUUUUAUUUUUACGAGAAUUAGGCUAAGGUUUUUUACCUUCAACAUUUAGUUUUCCAUCAAGCAGCUAAUCAUGUAUACUAAAGACAACUUAGGGAGGAUAGACACUACUCUUCAACACACAUCCUAGGACUCUCCUCAAUGUACUACUAUAAUUUCCUAAAUGUACUACUACCUCCUAAAAAUGUAAAUGAAUUGCUUCAACGACCUUUAAGCUUGGCAGCAAGCGAGAACGCGCAAAAUUGGUCGCUCAACCGCAAGUAGCUGCAACAUCUUCUCAAGCUGGACUGAGUGCGAGUCAUGUUGUCGCAACUACCACAUCAAGGAACAAGCUUACAUUAAGGCUUCCGCUGGAGCAUCCUCUUCCCCAGCAUCAUGAUGCUUGGUUCUUCUUUUUCUACUUGACAAAGAAGCAACCAAGGAUUUGCAUCUCAAGGAAGAUGCGACCGCGGUAGCUCUUCUAAGUACAACAAAUAUUAGUCGCAGUGACGAUCGGCUACAGUCACUUGCAUCUUCAAGGGUCAACAGGAGAGCCCCGGCCCCAGCAUCUCGCAGUACAUCCACUCAACUUCACACGCAAAGCUACCCUACAGCUAAUCCUAUUACGACAUCCAAGACGAGAAUGGGAACGGGAACGGCAGCAUCAGGAACAGGAGCUUCAUCUAGUAGGGGUCCCAUUAGAAGUACAGGGCCAACUUCUACUUAAGGCUCAAUACUAGAAUUCACUUCUACAAAUGUAGUAUGAUGGAUGCUCUCUCAGGUAUCUUACUGAAGAUGAGUAUGUGUAAGUAGAUGUAGAGCCUGAAUUUUUGCACUGUUUCAAAGCUCGUUUCUACGACGUGUUCCCUCUUAGGCUAUAAUGUUCCCUCUUAGGGAGCUAUCGAAAGAAUCAUUCGCCUAAGAAUUGAAAUUGAAUUGUUUCAAGCUCUAACACGUCUCUGUCCUGUAAUAAGGAUACUUAGUAGCUCUCCCACACCAACCUCUUGUCAGGCAUAUCAAUCAAUCAAUCGUGUAGGAUAAGACUUUUGACUAUCUAAGGAUCGCAAGACUCUUUCAAGCUCUAACUAUCUGGUAGGGUGGAAACAACCGCACAACCUGUAGUGCCUGUUGGAGGUGGACGAGGAGCUACAGCAACAAACUCCAACAGAGCUAAGACGACAUCAAGGAGCAAUUAUGUAAGAAGUGCUGAGAGAGUGGAGGCAAACGCUAACGCACGCCCUUCAAAGAGGAGUGCGACUGUGGGGAGGCGUAACUGAGAGUGGAGCAGGCAAACGCACGCCCUUCAAAGAGGAGUGCGACUGUGGGGAGCAAAACCAAGGGAUAGACUUUGAAACUGAAAGCUACUAGUAGUAGUAGUAAGUACCUAGAAGAAGUAUUAUGAGUAUUGUUACAAUAGAAAGUCUUUCUAAGAAAGACCUGGGUCAUGAUGCCGUAAUGGUAUGAUCCCAUUUGUCUCUUUUGAUGCAAGUACGUAAGAAGAAGUAGAAAGAGGUUUGUAGUAUGACUACCGCGGCUAUGGCAGCCUUAACGCGUUACUCUAGCAACAAGUUCUAAAGCAGAAUUUUAAUAGAGCAGUUGUAGUACUAGUAGGAUCCAACCAGCAUGCAUCUAUAACGCAUUGCCAAAAUUUCGCGUUAAGCCUGUCAUAGCGGCACUUCUAGUAUCGCCUCCUGUCAUUUAUAAAAGUGGAUAGUUAUUCAACAGCGGGUCUUCAAAAACCUCGUAAAGUAGUAAUAGAUUGUCCUCGCGUGCGAAACUAACUUUUUCUAAGUACAAGCAACUUGAAGGAUAUUGAAAACCCAUGAAAAGAUGAAUAACUAAGUCUAAGAAGUAUUCUAAGUACACUGGAAGAACGAUGUUGAUAACAUCACACUUCUAUACAUAGUAUACUUUCGAAGAAGACAUCACCAGUCCUUUUUUACACAGCAAUUGAGGGCAUACUCUGGACUACACCCCCAGUUCGGCAUAUGAUUAUCAACACGAUGGGAACGAAAAAAAUCUUCGACUACAAAAAGUGUAUUGAUGUUGAGUAGUAAAGUAGAUCUUUCAUGCAUAGCAUAUUCUUCAUAGUGAUUUUCAUAUUGAAUUUUUGUCGAACUUUUUUCAUAACUACCACGACUGACGUAGAGGUACGGGAAUAGCCUAUCAAAAAGGAUAUCGUUGUCUUAACCUAACCUGAAUGCUUUCGUUUACUCACGCUAUGGUUAUUGAUUUUCUCGUACACAUUUUUGAUUUGUAUAUUUUUUUCUUCUUCACCAUUGGCAAGCUUGAAUGGGAGCUAGCUUUCUCUUCUUGCGCGGAAGAUAGCUGUCCCCUGCAUCGUGAAGUGCUCGAUGAAGUUAGUGUCUUACAGGUCGUGAAGUAUAUGAAGACAAGCGCUGUUGUACCACCUCUACUUCUGUUCUUCCUCAGAAGAAGUGCUCGAAGCGAAUGUCCAAGAAGUUUUGCUAUGUUUAAUAUUAAGAGAUAGUCGCUAUAAUCAUCAGGAUUAGUACAAUUACAUAGCAACAAGGGAGGACAGAGAGGUUGGAAAACGUCCUUACAACCUGUGCUAGUAGUUGUCUCAGACCUCCAUGAUAUUCAAAAAAUUCGAGACAGUCAUGUCGUUCGACAGAAAAAUGUGUCUCUUUUUUUUCUCGACAGAUAUUAUAUUGUUAAGUAGUAUAACUGUUU